AUGUCCUCCCAGACUUGGCAAGAACUCGCUGAGGAUAAGCGCAAGCGCCUCGCCGCUCUCAUCCCCAAGGACUGGUUAAUCACCCCUCCACCCAAGGAUGUCCUUGACGUCACCCGCUUCCCGCUUGAGUGCGGUCUGCUAUCUGAGAAGGAGGUCGCUAUCACCGAGGAGAAAGACAUCGGUGUACUCCUCACGAAGCUGGCGACGGGCGAGCUCUCGUCCGUCGAAGUCACUACUGCCUUCGCCAAACGUGCCAUCAUCGCGCAACAGACCGUAAAUUGCUUGACCGAGAUCUUCAUCGACAAGGCUCUCAAGCGUGCCGCGUAUCUUGACGAACAACUCAAGAAGACCGGCAAACCUACUGGGCCUCUACAUGGCUUGCCUAUCUCCCUGAAAGAUCAGAUCCGCCUUACAGGUCUCGAGACGUCGAUGGGAUACGUUUCAUGGCUCGGCAAAUACGAAGACAAGGACGCUGUUCUGGCCGAACUGCUCGUCGCGGCCGGCGCCGUUCCAUACGUUCGCACAAACGUCCCGCAGACACUGAUGUGGGUCGAGACGUACAACGCCAUCUUUGGGCGCACACUGAACCCCUACAACCGAAACCUGACCUCGGGCGGCUCCUCUGGCGGCGAAGGCGCGCUCAUCGCUAUGAAGGGCAGCCCGCUCGGAGUGGGAUCGGACAUCGGCGGCUCGAUCCGUGUGCCAGCUGCGUUCUGCGGCUUAUACGGCCUCCGCCCGUCGUACAAUCGGGUCCCAUAUCACGGUUCGGCCAACUCACUUGAAGGACAAGACUCGUUGCCAUCUGUUCUGGGACCGCUGUCGCCGUCUCUGUCGGGUAUACUCGCCUUCAUGCGCGCCGUAGUGGGUCAAGAGCCGUGGAGGAAGGACCCGCUAGCAGUGCGUAAGCCUUGGAACAACGACGAGUACGCGCUUUGCGAACACGGCGGCCGUGGCGGGAAGCUCGUCUUCGCGUUUUUGUGGAACGACGGCGUAGUCGUGCCACAUCCGCCCAUUAUUCGUGCGAUGGAAGAGACGAAGCGCGCUCUUCUCGCGGCGGGGCACGAAGUUGUCGACUGGGAACCGACCGGCCACAAAGAGUUGGUCAAAGUCACUAACGAGAUCUGGACAGCUGCCGGCGAAGAAGACUAUCGUGCGGUGACGAGCUUGACGGGAGAGCCGCUGCUGAUCAGCAUGGAGACACUUGAUGCCGCUGAGCGCGCUUUCACGCAGGUACCGGAGAAGAGCAUCUCCGCGUUCGAACUCUUCCAAAUACACAAGCGCAGGCUUGCGCUGCGCAAGGCGUACCUUGACCGCUGGGAGGCCACUGCACAGGUCUCGUCUACUGGUCGUCCGUACGACGCUAUCAUUGCCCCCGUCGCGCCAUGGGCAUCUACACCACACGGCAAGAACAGUUCGGCGGCGUACACAAGCGUAUGGAAUGCACUCGACUACAGUGCUUGCGUGUUCCCUGUCACGCACGUUGAUCCCGCUGUCGAUGCCAAAAAACCCGCGCAUGCUUUCUUAAGCGAGAGGGACGAACAGACGUACAACUUCUACGAUCCGGAGACCUGGCGCGGCGCGCCCGUUGGUUUGCAUCUCGUUGGCCGCUCGUACGAGGAAGAAGCAGUGAUCGCCAUGACCGAGGUCGUCUCGGAAGCACUCAAAGCAGCGGGGGUGCAUUGA